UCUAAAGCUUGCCAGUGCCGCUGGCAUCAGAAAGCAGGAAGGUCGAGUCCAUGUCGUCUUCUUCUGCGCUGCUAUCAGCAGCACCGGUGGGACCUCAUGCUGGUCCUUCUUCUCACCCUAGAGGCACCCCUGCAGCUCAUCAAGCACAACGUGUGAUUCCAGCACAUGUGCAACUUACUACAGUUCAAGCACAGGCACCAAGGUGUCGCUUUGGUUCCCGGCCCUCCUUGCGGCGAGUAAGCAAUCAGUUGGCGCCCGCACUUCGUGUCCCCGAAUCCGCUGAUAAUGUCCUGCAGCGAUCAGAGCUGUCAAGGCAAAGCUCUCGUGGUUGUUUGGUGAGAGCUCAUGAGCAGCAGCUUAAAAGGUUACCGCAUCGCUCUGCUCAUAAGCCAAGCACGUGCAAGCGCCCUGCUCUUUGUAUAGGUUGCCAAUCUCAACCAAGUCCAUUCCAAGGAGCCAGAUUCCUCUUCAGACCGUCUGGGCGGCAGGCAGGAUCUAGCAAGCGCUCAGGUUAUCUUAGCAACGCGUCCGGUCGGCCAGGCGUAUUUGAUAACCCCGCCCGGUUGAGUCCACUCCCAAACCGCCCCCGCUCACACCAGACCAAUAAUCAUAAGCGUAGCUCAGACCCGGUCCCUGGCAAACCAACUAGGCGUGCCCUCGAGAUGGUGUGGCCCGGCGCCCUGCAUGCAUCCGGCGAGCCGGUGCACCGGCGGUUUGUGCAGGUGAAGGAGAAGCGGUGCUUUUUCACAGACACAGGGAAGGGGCCGCUGGUGGUCAUCCUGUCAAGCCAGCUGGUGCUCUCGCGUUCAUACAGGUGGACGGCUGAGGUGCUGUCUCAAAACUUCCGGGUGGUUGUCGUGGAGAUGCCGGGGUGCGGUAACUCGGACUCCGUAUCCGAGCCCUGGAGCAACAGCCAGUAUGCAGAGUGGGUGAGUAACUUCCUGACCGCUCUCAAGGUCGACGAGGCGGCUGCGCUGGUGGGGCAUAGCGACUCGGGAGCGCCCGCGCUCGAGGCGGCAGUGCGGUUCCCGCAGCAAAUCAAGAACCUGAUUCUAGUGGACUCUAUAGGUGCCAAUGCCCCGGACAGCCUCCCCCGGUUGAUCCUGAUGCGGAUGGCGGACGCUGCGUCGGAGAUCCGGUUCAGCGUACCGGGCCUCUUCCACGCCGGCAAAAAUGCCCUGUUCCAUACCCGAAACUGGCUGAACCAAAUUCGGAUAUCUGCGGUAUACGACCUAACCGACCAGGCGAAACAGGUAAAAGUCCCCACGCUUUUGGCCUGGGGACGACGCGACAAGACCAUUCCCUUAUCCGCCGCGGGAACGUUCUUCCGGCUCAUCCCCAACAGCCACGUGUACAUAUCGGAUGACGGGAGCCACAACUGGCUCAUCCAACGGCCCGAGGAGUUUUGCCAGGCCGUCACGGAGUUUGUGCACCGAAAAGAUAAGACGUCGACGUUUACGAUACAACUAGCGUCGGGGGUGUUCCAGCGGGAAAAGACAGCAGGGGAAGCAACUGCGCUGGCAGCGAACGGCAGCCGUUGAGAAUCGCUGAGCGGUAAUCGGACGUCGUAAAGUCCGUAUUCGUGUCUGUAAUCGAGUUGAGUCUUUGCCCAUGAAGGUAGCGGUUGACCGCCGUUUCCAGGCAGUAGUGGGACCUGCACGCAUUGGGCGUUGCUUGUUGAGUAGGUGUUAUUUGUCGAAGUUGUUAGCUGACCGUUCAGUCUCAGCCGCAUGAGGGCAAGGUGCUUGUAAUUUUCUUUGGCAGGUAGAUAACGUGUUGAGGUAGUUUGUAGGUAUUGGUUGAUCCGGGCAAGACCCGUGACGCAAGGUCCGUGAAGUUAUUUGAGAUAGUAUAAUGC